UCUUGACGCAUGACGUUUUUCCUGCUUCAAGUUUUAAUUUAGAUUGCUUGACUCCGCCAAAUUUUAAAUAUUUUUUGCAAAAGAUUGUGCUAUUAUCUUCCUAAAAAGAACAUAAUGAUUACCGUGUGAAAAUCGGAUAUUAUUCCCCUUGAUUUAACUACAAUUGCUGUGAUGGAACAAGAAAAACGGGGCACUCGUGAAGGUAUCGAAAAGUUUGAUAUAAAACUGAAAUCUAAGCCAAAGGAUGGAGUCAUAUUGCAACUUCAUCACACCGUUCGGGGCUCCAACGGUGAAAGUCGAAGAAUUCGGUUUUCUACAGGUACUUUUGACGAUUUACACGAGAAACUUGCUUGUUCAGAUAAUAUUGGUAACUUGUUUGUCCUAGACUUUUCUGACCUCAAGUUUUGGAAACUGACUAGUAUUGGUCCAUGCACAGCAUUACAUUUUGUGCCAAAUAAAUUGGAUAUGCUUGUUGUUGCUUCAGCAAAGAAGUAUGAAAUCAACUUUCUUGAUAUUGAGAUGGGUACCACAUCCCUUACACUGACAGGCCACACAGCACCAGUCAAGCACAUAUCGUUUUCAAAUAAUAAAAUAAAUAAUAUGCUCACAGGCAGUCAAGUUGAAGCCAUAUUAUGGGAGCUGAGAAAUUAUACAAAAUUUUUCACUUUAAAUACAUACAUGGGGGCACAAAUACAGCAAAUUAUGUUUACACCUGGAGGUGAUUACCUUGUAGCAUGUUUCCAAAAUGAUACAGUUCAAAUUUGGAAGCAUGAAAGUAUGAAAUCAGUCAAACAAAUCAUACCUAAUGAAUUAAAACACAUGAAGAAUAUUGCAUUCACUAUGAAUGGUCGAGCUAUGGCCAUGGCAGGCUUGGCUAACACAUUGAUACUAUUUAGUAUGGACACCUGGAAAGCUCUGAAGUCUAUUGAUUUAUCAAAAUAUAAUAUAUCUGGUGCGCUCCAAAUAGCCUUCAUACCUCAAGUUUUUGACGGUGGUGCAAACAAAAUCCUUGCCAUAUUAAGUAGUGAUUGUGUACUCCGUUUGCUGGACUUGGAGUCUAUGUCAAUUGUGUACAGUAUACAACCAGAGUCAUCAGAAAUACGUAAAUUCGUUAUUAGCCCCACAGGUAAAUAUUUUCUCUGCAUCUUACAACAAGGUGAAGUAAAUAUUUACAACACAUCAUAUGUAAUGGAUUUGGCACAUGUUGCUACCGCUGAACACCCUAUAAAACAGGAAUUACCUGGUACUUCUGCUCAUAGAAGUCAAAUUCAUGAGCCUUCACCCUCAAAAGCUGAAGUAGAACACAAAAUGCGUAUCUGUAUGGACAGUGCUAGGCUUAGGAGAAUACUGAUGCAAUAUGGAGAAUACCCUGACAAGUUCAGGUCAAUAAUAUGGAGAUCACUUCUUAAUACCCCAAGAAACAAAACUGCAUACUCUGCCUUGGUAGAAAAAGGUAUUCAUCCAGUGUACAAAGAUAUUGAAAAACAGUUCACUAUUCAUAGUUCUGUUACCCUCAAAAGUCUAAAAAGGCUGUUGUCUUGUUUAGCUCAUUGGUGUCCUUUGUUUGGAGUUAUGAAGUUUCUGCCUGGGUUUGUGUUUCCAUUUGUGAAAGUUCUACAGAAAGAUCCACUAUUACUUUUUGAGAGUGUAGCAACUGUGCUGCUGAACUUUUGCCAGCUGUGGUUUGAGUAUGCGCCAUUUCCACCAAUCAGCAUUCUGGCAAUGAUUGAAAACAUACUGGGGGAACAUGAUCAACAACUUUUGGAUCACUUCUGUGAAAUUGGAGUCACUAGUCAAACCUAUGCACUGAAGAUAUUGGAAACAGCCUUUAGUGAAGUGUUGACCUGCUCUGAAUGGUUAAUCUUGUGGGACCACAUAUUGAGCAAUGAACCCGCUUUUAUAUUGAUGGCUGUGGUUUCUUACAGUGUAGUUCAGAAAAAUGCCAUAAAACGCCUUCAAUCACAUGAACAACUAGAAAACUUUUUUCACAUGCAAAAUCCCAUUUGUAAAAAAGCAUUCUUAAAGAAAGCAUACAUCCUUUUGAAUGAAACCCCUGAUGAAAUACAUCCCAGAAGAUUUUUCAAUAGCUUUAUGUCUUUAGAAAAGGGUGAAUGUUACCAACAAUUCAGUGGCUAUCCAAAAGCAACUAUUUGUCUCAAACUUGCUAAAAAAGAAAGAAAGAAGGCGAGAGAACACGAAAAGUAUACUCUGCGAGAUCUAACGACGAAGAGUCAAGAGAAAAUAAUAAAUGAAACGUUAAAUUGUCAUUCAGAGUCAGGGAAUAGUGGAGAAGAUGACGACAGUGUUGAUGAUUUCUAUGCUGGUGAAAAGUAUCUUAAGAAACACAUGAAGCCACAUCCCGAUAAUCUAAGCAAGGGAGAUUACAAACCACAUGUAAGGGAAGAACUAAUUGAUAGCAUCAUGUACCCUGCAUCUGUCAAUUUGAAAUACAAAGGUCAUUCCGAUACAAAACCUAGCAAGAAAGACAAAGACAACAAUAUCUGCAAACAGUCGUCCAGAUCAAAAACAAAGAAAAAGACACAAGAGAAAAAGAACGAUACCUUAGAAAGAGAAGUUGAAAAAUUAAUUAAAACCUAUACAAAUACAGAUUUUUCAGAUGCGUAAUGUUGAUAAUGUUCGUAUUGUAUGUUGCGUAUUUUUUUUAUUGUGUAGGAAGGAUACCAAAGGAUUUUAAUGCUAACUCAUAGAAUAUUUUAUUAGUUUAUCAAGAUUUGACGAAAUGAAUUUAAUUUUGUAAUAAAUAGUUUUGAAAUUG